GCCGCCGACGGCAAGCGCUUUGCUGUGCGUGAACAGUGUGUGGUAGGGAACGUUCAGGUUCCCUUGCUGGCUGUGGGGAAGCUGCUGCGGCGAGGGUGGCAGAUUAUCAACGACGGCGAGCUCAAGCUGCAGGAGCCCUUUGGUCGGGCAGCAAAGGUGGCCUUUCGCCACAACAGCCUGGCACUGCGAGGCCACAUUCGAGCGGUGACUUUGUCGACCCCGUCGCCUGCAGCCGUGCGCGCUCUGACCGACCACCCGAGGACUUUGCCAGCGGCGCCACCGGUUAUUCCACUCCCGGACUACCUCAAGGAGAUCGUCGGCCGCGAGGGGAUGCACGAGCUCCCCCACGGCAUCAAAGGACACUACGCGCCCGACGCCUUCAAGCUCAUGGACGGGCGGAUGUGGUAUGACGCCGACGUGUUCUCUGCCCGGACCACUUUGGUGAAGAAGGCCAAUGGGAGCUGGAUUCAGAUCGAGAACAGCUCCGACUAUGCCUAUGAGGCUAGCCCGUUUGGCCCCAUCGCCAACCGGGGCUGCGAGCGGAUCACCCUCUUCCGGAUGGAGAGCUUCGGCGAGGGUUUCUUCGAAGGCCGGGGCAUGGCACCCAAGGCGAGACGAGCCGCUCACUUUUCUUCCGCCCGGGAGCCCGCGACCCCGGAGCAGCCAAAGCAGCCCGAGACGCCGAAGCCGGACGACCCCAAGGAGGCCGAACACGCCAUGGAGACCGACGAGGGCGACUACCUGGAGGAGCUCGCUGCAGGGAAGGCGGUGGAGAAGGCCAAGCAGGUCUUUGAGAGAGCGCCGCGGCCAGUGACGGAGCCACCCGCUGUUCCGAGCGAAGCCGAGGUCAAGGCGCACCGGCUGACGCACAUACCCUAUGCUAGGUGGUGCAGCGCGUGCGUCAAGACGAGAGCCCGCGGCGACAAGCAUGGGUCGCGGAAGGAGGUGGAUCGCACCCCGGUGGUCCAGGUCGACUUCUUUUUCACCACGGUCGACCCCGACGGCAGGCCUGAGGAGGAGGAGCUGCCCGAGCACCCGUGCAGCCUGGUGGGCAUCGACGUGGACACGUGCAUGGUCCUAGCCGUCCCCGGCCCCAACAAAGGAGGGAUUGCUCUGAAGCGCUAUGUGGAGGAGCUGCUUCGCUUUACCAUU